AUGGCGACCUGUUUUCGGCUGCGGAGCUGCCUGGCCCUGCACCUCCCGCGGAUGCCUCCCAGCCGGGUCCUCCGUCCCCGCGCCGACUACCCGGUGGCCCGGAUUCGCAGCUACGCCCGGGGCCCGGCGGGCCUUUCCUCAGCCCUGCUGCGCACCGACGGCUUCGUGGGCGGCAGCUGGCUCUCGGCCGCCGCCACCUUCCCGGUGCACGACCCGGCCAGCGGCGCCGAGCUGGGCUUGGUGGCCGACUGCGGGGUACCCGAGGCCCGGGCCGCCGUGCGUGCCGCCUACGAGGCUUUCUGCAGCUGGAGGGGGGUCUCGGCCAAGGAGAGGAGUUCUUUACUUCGGAAAUGGUACGACUUAAUGAUACAAAAUAAGGAUGACCUUGCCAAGAUAAUCACAGCUGAAAGUGGAAAGCCACUAAAGGAGGCACAGGGAGAAAUUCUCUAUUCUGCAAAUUUCCUGGAGUGGUUUUCAGAGGAAGCCCGCCGCAUUUACGGAGACAUUAUCUACACCCCAGCAAAAGAAAAACGGGCCCUGGUCCUCAAGCAGCCCCUCGGUGUGGCCGCAGUCAUCACCCCAUGGAAUUUCCCCAGCGCCAUGAUCACGAGGAAAGUGGGGGCUGCCCUGGCAGCAGGCUGCACGGUAGUGGUGAAACCUGCCGAGGACACGCCCUUCUCUGCGCUGGCCUUGGCCGCGCUUGCAGACCAGGCUGGAAUUCCUCCGGGUGUAUACAACGUUAUUCCCUGCUCUCAAAAGAAGGCCAAGGAAGUAGGGGAAGCACUUUGCACGGAUCCCCUAGUGUCUAAAAUUUCCUUUACUGGUUCAACAGCCACCGGAAAGGUCCUGUUGCAUCAUGCAGCAAACUCUGUGAAAAGGGUGUCCAUGGAGCUGGGCGGCCAUGCCCCAUUCAUCGUGUUUGACAGUGCCAAUGUUGACCAGGCUGUCGCUGGGGCCAUGGCAUCUAAAUUUAGGAACUCUGGACAGACUUGUGUUUGCUCAAACCGUUUCUUGGUGCAAAGGGGUAUCCAUGAUUCCUUUGUGAAAAAAUUUGCUGAGGCAAUGAAAACAAACCUGCAUGUGGGUAAUGGAUUUGAGGAGAGAACUACUCAAGGCCCAUUAAUUAAUGAAAAAGCUGUAGAAAAGGUAGAGAAACAUGUGAGUGAUGCCAUUUCCAAAGGGGCCACCGUUGUCACAGGCGGGAAGCGACAUCAAGUUGGAAAAAAUUUCUUCGAGCCCACCCUGCUCAGCAACGUCACCCGAGACAUGCUCUGCUCUCAGGAAGAGACUUUUGGGCCUGUGGCACCCGUUAUCAAGUUUGAUACAGAGGAGGAGGCGGUGGCGAUCGCUAACGUGGCCAACGUCGGGCUGGCAGGUUAUUUUUACUCUCAAGACCCAGCCCAGAUCUGGAGGGUGGCGGAGCGGCUGGAAGUUGGCAUGGUUGGCGUUAACGAAGGAUUGAUCUCCUCCGUGGAGUGCCCUUUCGGUGGGGUGAAGCAGUCUGGCCUUGGACGAGAGGGCUCCAAGUAUGGCAUUGACGAGUACCUGGAGCUCAAGUACGUGUGCUUUGGAGGCUUAUAGGAUUCUUUAGUUCUUUAAAAAAUAAGAAAGGAAGCUUCGCCACAUGUAUGGGGACAUGCCAUCCAUUAUUUUACAUAAGCCCAUAGGGUAUCUGAAUUA